GGACAAUAGAGCCUGUGUUUGUUCUUCCUCAGAAAGUUUCAAGAGGACAAAAAAGGGGGAGCAGAAGAAGCAAAAGGAUAGGUUGUCGGUGGAGGGGAUUACACAUUGUGAGAGAACCACGAAUGUUUGCGUCUGUUAUUGUGGUGACUGAAUURCUUUCCAGUACCAGGGUAUUUAGUUAAGCAGAUUGUGUUUCUUCAGGGAUCUUACUCGGAGGCAGCUUGUGACAAGUGGCUUCUGGGAUUACUGAAUCACACAAACAGAGCUAUGAACAUGCAAAUAAGUAACAUCCGGACAAGAAAGGAUGCCACCCUGCCAGGAUCGUGAUUACUGCACUUACAAAUUAAGAAUUAUCACUUGACUGGAGACACCUCACAGAGGUCUACUGACCAUGGGAAGUGUAGAUGAAAGGCAUACAUGGACUGGCAAAAUGAGCCGCCUCAGUGUUGUUGCUGUGGUGACAGCUUUUUCUAUGAUUCCCGCUGGGCUGCUUAGUGACAUGAACAUGAGAGAUCCGCAGGAUCUGGACGGUCAACAAUUCGCCCAGAGGUCCACUCUUUUGCACCAUCGCCUGAAGAGAGGUUGGAUCUGGAAAGAGCUGUUUGUCCCCGAGGAAGAUCCUACUUCUCGUGUUAUCGGCCAGCUCAAAUCUGACUCUGAUCGAGGAGACUUCUCCAUCAAGUACAUUUUAUCAGGAGAAGGUGCUGAAGAUCUGUUUGCCAUAGACGAGUUUACUGGUGAGAUCCGAACGCUGAAGAAGUUGGACCGUGAAGAGAAGGCCUUCUAUGUCCUUCAAGCACAGGCUAUUAACAGGAAGACCAAUGAGCCUGAAGAACCCCAGUCCGAGUUUAUUAUCAAAGUGCAGGACAUCAAUGACAACAUGCCUCGGUUCGAGAACGAGCCUUAUGUGUCCAGCAUCCCUGAGAUGAGUCCAGUUGGGACCACAGUGGCCCAGGUGACAGCCACAGAUGCGGAUGAUCCCAUGUUUGGAAACAGCGCCAAGCUUCUCUACUCCAUCCUGCAGGGGGAGCCCUACUUCUCCAUCGAACCAAAAACAGGGAUUCUUGUAACAUCUUGGCCUGACAUGGACCGUGAGCUCAGAGAGGUGUACCUGGUGGUGGUGCAGGUGAAGGAUAUGCUAGGCCUCAGUGGCGGUUACUCCUCCUCCACCACAGUUACCGUCAGCUUGACUGAUGUCAACGACAACGGACCCACAUUUAAGCAACACCUGUACACAUUUGCUGUCCCUGAAGAUGCAGCGGUGGGCACAACAGUGGGCAGAAUUAUGGCAGUGGAUCACGACAUUGGCAGCAACGCCAAAAUGACUUACAGCCUGAAGGAGGACCUUGAGGGAAGUACCACUUUUACCAUCAAAACAGACCCAAUGACGCAGGGAGGCGUUGUUCUGCUUGCCAAGCCUUUAGACUAUGAAUCCAAGAGACGCUAUGUCAUGGCUGCAGAGGCAGUCAACGAUUAYAUCGACACCCGCUUCCUGACUUUGGAUGAGUUCAGGGACAGGACCACGCUCAAAGUUGUUGUGGAGAAYGUGGACGAGCCACCUGUCUUCCUCUCGCCGAUCUAUGAGUGGAACAUUCCUGAAAAUGCAGCUGUGGGAACGGUGGUCGGCAGUGUUAGUGCCAGAGACACUGACACAGACAACAAUCCCAUCAGAUACUCAAUUGACAAAAGAAGCGAUGCCACAAAAGCUUUCAAAAUACACCCGAACAAUGGAACCGUAKCUGUUGCUAAAGCUUUGGACCGAGAGACUACAGAGUGGCACAACAUGACUGUCGAAGCCAAGGAAACAACACAGAACCAUUUAUCCUCCACUGUGGUGGUGUUCAUCAAAGUGCUGGACAUAAACGACAAUGUGCCACGGCUUGCCAGGGAUUACCACCCAUAUAUCUGUGAGGGCACGCAGGCUGGAGAAGUCAUUCAGCUUCUCAGUGCAGUUGAUCCAGACAGUCCGGUGGAAGGACACCACUUUUACUUCUCUAUGGUGCCCGAGGAGCACAUUAACCCAAACUUCACUAUCAGAGACAAUCAAGACAAUACAGCUGGCAUCGUGGCACGCCGGAGUACUUUCACUCGCAAGGAUCAGACCCGGUACCUUCUACCUGUGGUGGUGGCAGACAGCGGCUCUCCRGCUCUGUCCAGUACGACCACUUUGGCCAUCGGCGUGUGCAGCUGUCAGCCUGCUGGCCACUGUCCCACAGGAGGGGUGGAGGCCCUUGCUCUGACUAUGAGUGUCGGCAUGCAGACCUUGUUAGGAGUUCUAGUCUGUCUGGCUACACUCACAGUGCUGUCAGUUCUAAUGCUGAUGGUGAGGAGACACAGGCGCAAACAGCAGGAGGAGAUGGGCGUGGAGACGAAGGAGCUGGAGCUGCCCGAUACCGUGUCACAGAAAGUCCUUUAUUACAGAGAUAAAGGAGAGGGAGGAGCUGACCUGGACUUCUGCCAGCCCGUCAUCCCGCUGCGGCCCCGUCCCAAGAGAAGGGAGAGGAGGCUGCGGCGGGAGGACGUCAGGGCCAGCAUACGGAUGUCACUCCGGGAGUCACACCUCAUUGGCCCAGAGGACGAGGUCUUCAGGCAGUUUAUCCUGGACAGGCUGGCAGAAGCUGAUCAAGACCCUUAUGUUCCACCAUUUGACUGCCUCCGGACUUACGCAUAUGAAGGGUCAGGGUCCCCCACAGGGUCUCUCAGCUCAUUGGACUCUUCAUCUCUGGAGCUUGAAGUGGUGCAACCUGUUUGCAAUCCCAGACCCUGUUUAAUGCGACUCACUCCAUGGUAUGGUGGAGGAGAGGAGGACACAAUCUUCUGAAAUAUACUUUUAUUUGUAUUUUUAAUAUUAAUAUUUAAGGUGAAAAAGCAAAAUAUUACAUCUUAAGGGAUAAUUUAGCACUUACGACCAAAGAACACCCAUAAAUGUCUCUGACAUCUGAUUAAAUGCAUUUUAAACUGCAUAGACUCUAUGAAAACUAAUGCUUUUAUAAUCACGACCCAUUUAAAACAUGUUCUCAUAACUUUUGUACACAUUUUUCUGUUUUUUUGCUUCACGAAAAUAGUUCAAAUGGAACAACAGUGACUUUUUUUACAUUAUUAAAGAAACAUGUUAGCAACAGUUGUCCUCACACACAAAAUGCAUGGAGCAGCAUGAUCAUUCAUGUUCUAUCAGGCCUGCUUCCCCUCUCCCUAUUUUGUUCCCUGUGAGGUCUUGAGAGCAGUUUUAGUACUUCUUAGCUUAUUAGCUUUGAGACUGUAUGUUCAGCUUGAAGCCUUUUCUUCUGACUGUUGUGUUGCACCGAGCAGCAAGUGCACAGCGACUUUACUGUAUGAGAGUUUCUGUUGAAAAAGGCUCCCUGCUGUAGCUGCAAAAUGGGCUUUUGAGAACAGUCUGAAAUACUUUUUAAGCAGAGAGGAAACACAAUCUCAGUGAGUCCUUUUUACUUUUUCAACUUUUCACAUUAUCAUCAAAAGUAUUGUAUAUAUUUUGUCUUACAUCUAAAGUGUCAGAUCUGUGUGUUGGACACUAUUAACCGUGAUUAAUGGCAAAAAAUUAAAAUUUUAUUUUAUUUAUACAUCAAAGCAAUCUUUAAAGGAAUGCAUGCCAUCUGCUGCCUUUCAUGUUAGAGUUUUAAGCUAAAAUCGUGUUGUGUUAAGAAGCGAAGUUGACACGAUMAUUUACAUCAAACCUUAUACUCAUUGUCUGUUAAUGUCAUUUCUGUGUUGACUAAUGUUGAUUAGCUGUGCAGUCUGUUACUCAAUAUCUAUAAUAGAAACUAUGACACACCCAGUUUUGUGUUGGUGAAAAUUGAUUAACUGUGAGAGCCACCUGGGAUGGAUUGACUUUAAAAGGUAAUAAGUUGUAGAUGUAUAUACAAUGAAUACCUUUUGAAUCUUUCGUUAAAAUCAAUGUUGUGUCUCAGGAGAUAUUUUGCUAACAGACAAACUAGGAUGACUCCAAGUUAAUGUCAACGUUUUAAGCAAAGAUUUUGAGUAGAAUUUGGAGUAUGUGUUGUGAAUGACUCAGCUACUGCCCUUCCAAAUGUUACGCAAUGGCUGUCAAGUUGACUGACAGACACGCAUACACACAUUUAUGUGCAAAAAUGUUAUUGUUCAUCUUUGUCAAUCAGCAGCGGGUAAUUAAAAUAAUAUCUGAUGCUGUUUUGUAUUUGGGUUGUAACAACUUGUGUUUUGUCUGCAUUUGUGUUUAAAUUAAUGAAACCAGUUGCUAUAAAUUUAUUUUAUGU